AUGCUCCGCGGGCCCGGAUCCGAUUAUGUGGACUUGGAAAACGUCCUUGAAGUUUAUUGGCAUGUCUUUGAUGUCGUCGUCCAGUGCCAGGAGCUCGAUCCACUCAUCGAUGUCGAGGAGCGCAAGCCGUGCCCCUGUUCAAAUGAGCCCAUGGUAUACAUUCUGAAGAAGGGUCAGGAUCACCUAGAUGAUGUAUUGUGCCCUGUAGGCCUUGCCGCGCUCGACGGUUGCGCUUCGAUUCGUCGCUCAUUCAAACCUAAAGUAUGGCAGCGGUUGGAGCGCGCAUACCUCAUGUGGAACCAGUGCGACUUCGCCCUGGAUACCAUGUUCAAACCCAUCCGCGAGAAGUUACGUACUAUCGGCGCGCGAGCAGACUGGCUGAGCGUGGACAUAGCCCCAAAGUUUCUGCUAAAUUUCGCAGGUGAUAGAAUCGAGAAGUUGGCGCAUUCAGUGAUGGCAGUCACAACGUCAUGCGGGAACCAGUACAUUGUUGAUUUCACCAUCGAGCAGUUUGGGUACGACUGCGGGGAGUGGCUGAUGCCAGAACAGGUGUAUCUUGAGCAAUACACCACGGACGGAUGUUGGCGGCUGGCAAGCGCUGAGGACCAGGAUGUGGUAGCUUUCGAGGAGAGGACUGGGGACGAAGAUCGGGAGUGGCGAGAACUUAUCACCGAGUUCUGCUAUGCAUUAGAUUGGGCUGAGCUCGACGGGAUGUCGCCGGAUGCUCGUAUCGCAGUCGUUCAAAAACUGGCCAGGGGAGCGUUCGGGCUCACCUAG